AUGAAUAGGUUUGUUUUCGAAUCUUAUAAGAUCGAAGAGCUGAAACGAAAGGUCGAAGGAGCAGGUGUCCCCGCACCUACACGUGUGGAAGUUAUCAUGUCACUUGUUUGGACAUGCGCCAGAAAUGCCUGGUGCUCUAACUUGGUGUCUCCAAGGUCAACGUUAAUGCUUCAACCAAUGGAUUUGCGCUCUAGGGUUCCCUUCUACGGAUGUUUUCUCCAUCGGAAACCUACAGACAAUGUUCCUUCUUAA